AAAAAACAUUUAUUUCCCGCAAUGUGUAUGUAAUAUGUAACAAACAACAUUACCCAUAAGUCCUCACGGUGACGUAGUGAACCUCAGACGUCAAGAUGGUGCUUGAAAGUACUAUGGUCUGUGUGGACAACAGUGAAUACAUGCGCAAUGGAGACUUUCUGCCCACCAGGCUGCAGGCUCAGCAGGACGCAGUUAAUAUUGUUUGUCACUCCAAGACACGCAGCAACCCUGAAAACAAUGUGGGCCUCAUCACCAUGGCAAACAAUUGUGAAGUGCUGACAACACUGACUCCAGACACGGGCAGGAUACUGUCGAAGCUGCAUGCUGUGCAACCUCGAGGAAACAUCAGCUUCUGCACCGGCAUCAGGGUAGCACAUUUGGCGCUGAAGCACAGACAGGGCAAGAACCACAAAUUGCGCAUUAUUGCAUUUGUUGGCAGCCCAGUGGAGGACAAUGAAAAAGAACUGGUCAAAAUGGCAAAGCGUCUAAAGAAGGAGAAGGUCAAUGUGGAUAUCAUUAACUUUGGAGAGGAGGAGAUGAACACAGAGAAGCUCACAGCCUUCAUUAACACACUGAAUGGCAAAGAGGGUGCAGGCUCCCACCUGGUCACUGUGCCUCCAGGCCCCAGUCUGGCUGACGCCCUGCUGUCCUCGCCAAUCCUCGCUGGAGAAGGGGGUGCAGUGUUGGGUCUAGGUGCCAGUGACUUUGAGUUUGGAGUGGAUCCAAGUGCUGACCCAGAGCUGGCUUUGGCUCUCAGGGUGUCUAUGGAGGAGCAGAGACAACGACAGGAAGAUGAAGCUCGCAGAGUGGCUGUUGCAUCAGCUGCAGAUGCUGGCGUUUCCUCCCCUGCCGCAGAUGAGUCGGAUGAAGCUCUGUUGAAGAUGUCUGUUCCACAAACAGACUCAUCCACACCUGCUCUACCAGACUUCAGUCGCAUGACAGAGGAUGAACAGAUCGCCUAUGCUCUGCAGAUGUCUAUGCAGGGAGCAGGAGCAGAGUUCGGUGCUGAGGAUAUGGACACAGGAGCUGACAUGGACUCCAGCAAAGCUAAGGAUGAAGAGGACUACGAUGUCAUGCAGGAUCCAGAGUUCCUUCAGAGCGUCCUGGAAAACCUUCCCGGGGUCGACCCCAACAACGAGGCCAUCCGUAACGCCAUGGGCUCUCUGGCUUCUCAGACGAGCUCCAAACCUGACAGCAAGAAGGAUGAGGAGAAAAAGAAAUGAACAUCUUAACAGAUGAACUUUAUAUAUGAUAAAUAAAAAAAACCUGAGAAUUGCACUGCAUGUGUUUAUUCACAGUAAGGUUAUCACUAUCCUUAAAAGGAACCAUUUCUCCAUUGACUUGUUUAUGUAGCCAAAUUAAACAACUUUGCUCUUUUUGACUGUAAAGUUAAAGGGCCUGUUCUUCAUCCAUUGUUUUGUGUGUCAAGCAGAUAUGCUUACUUUGAAUCUUUUGUAAUCAGUUAUAUGUGCAGGUAUCCUUAAUAAAUUUACAGAUUACAAUGUG